ACACCUGCAUCGUGUGUUGUGGUGCACAACAAUGCUUCGCUAGGUAUUCCUGCACAUCCUUGUACAGCCUUUUACAGUCACUCCAGCAAGGCAGGGAGGACUAUCCUGACUGCAUACGCUGCACAGACAUAAAGACUAAAGAGCCUGAAUCACAUUUUUGAUCUCUAAGAAAAAGUCACGGUUCAAGAAAAGGAGACAGAAGACACCAGAAACUACACAUAAAACUCUGAAAAUAAAAGCAAUGACAAGCUAGUGAAAGUUUUUACAGCUGAAUAAAAAGGUGUAAUAUGGACACAACCAUUUAUCUGGGCUAUAAUCAUCACAGAGUAUAACCUCACAGUGCAAACCAACAACAUGCAGGUUGCCAUCUCUGAUUUUCUGCAGGCUGCCUCACAGAACAGUCAGCAUUAUAUUGUCAGCGUCUUUCUCUCUGGCCUCUACACCAUAAUCCUGUUUCCAGUCGGCCUCAUCGGGAAUAUCCUAAUCCUUGUGGUUAACCUGGACCACAGGGGCCACUUGACAGCACCAGACCUCUACUUUGUGAACCUGGCUGUGGCUGACCUCGCUCUGGUAGCCGACUCUCUAAUCGAAGUGUUCAACCUGAAAAAGGGCUACUAUGACAAUGCUGGCCUUUGCACUUUCAUGAACCUUUUCCAGCAGGCCAACAUGUACAGCAGUGUCUUCUUCCUGACUUGGAUAAGCUUUGACCGCUUUGUUGCACUGACCAGCUCAAUCGGCCGCAGUAUGUCACGGGCCCGCCUCAGCUGCUGCCUCAUCUGGGUGUCCUCAACCUUGCUUACCCUUCUCCCUUUUGCUGUAGCUCAAGUGGAACACGCAGGAGAAGUCCACUUCUGCUUUGCUAAUGUAACACAGAUUCAGUGGUUGGAGGUGAUGCUGGGAUUCUUGCUGCCCUUCUGCAUCCUGGGCAAUAGUUACUGGAGAAUAGCACGUGUGCUCCAACGCAGCCAGAGGGAGCAUGACAGGCCACAGCAAAGGUUUUACAUGCAAAGAGCCCUGCGAAUGAUCUCAGCAGCCGUGCUAGUCUUUUUCCUCUGCUGGCUCCCAGAAAACGUUUUCAUAAGUGUCCACCUCCUUAGAAGUGACAAAGACAAUAACACACUUUGGCAGGACUACCCUUUGACAGGCCAUGCUGUCAGGUUGGCAGCUUUCUCUAAGAGCUGCCUAAACCCACUCAUCUACGGCUUUCUCGGGCAGACUUUUCGGAAAAAAUUUAGGCUUUUCUUCCAGAUAAAGCGCAGAUGGUCCAAGAUGCAAGCUUCAGGAAAAUUUGUCUGUGUACCACCUGCACAGACAUGCUUACACAAAACAAGUGAAACACCAAGCAAUUCCUCAAGAUUCAACAUUCUCCCACAAACUGUUAUACACUCUCCAGAGGGGGACAUACAAGCAUGAACUGAGAUUAAAGGCAUAUAAAAGACACUUCUCUCUAAUGGACAAUGUGAAACCAAGGCCUUCAAGUACUGUAAAAACUGAGUAUCAAUUACUUUUCAAAUGAAUUUCUUUUAUUUCUGGUAUGAAAAUCAAACUCGGCUUUCUUCAUUUACUAAAAUAAUAACAUACUUCAUAAAUAAAUCAAUUAAUUAUGUUAAUAAAUACUGUCUUCAAUACACUGUAUUUCAAGUACCUUGACUCCUUCCACGUAAAUAAAAUGACUACUUUAACAUCAUAGCAACAAACAGGACACAUUUUCAGUAGCUUAUGUCCUUACCUUCGUUUGCUCUGUUUGUUGUUUGCUAUCUGCAGGUUUCUUUUUGUGUUUCUUGUCUUUUUUCCAUUUUUUAUCGCCCUUUGUAGUUGUCGCUAUAGAAGGCUUCUGUAAAUUAAACAAAAAAAUAAAAAAAAA